CAAAAAUAUUCAGAUAACCUUCAAGUGAUUUGGUCAAUUGAAUUGAUAACAAGUUCAGAGUACGGCCUGGCCUGCCUUCUGAAAGUCCAAGUUGUCGUCUUCGGAGUAAGACAUAUUUGCUUCAAAAUGAAUUCUGUAAAUAGGAUUUUAAGUUUGGGUUCUGCAAUUCCGAAGAAUGCAAGAUUGAUCAACACCAGUGGAGCAAAACUAAAUGCUGAAGAUGGCUGGUUGUCCAAGCUGUUGGUGCGGAAGAUAGAGCCUACGAAGGAGUCUCACAGUCGUAUGCUAAGUGACAAAGAGAUUGUAUAUGCGCUUCAUACGCACAACAUUAGACCGGACAGUGUAGAUAAAUAUUUGAAGAACUACAAAACUUCAUCAGAGUUUGUCCACUCUCACAAGAAUGAGCUAGGAUGCGAGUUGGUUGGAUCAUGGACAGUGUCCGUAGGAGACAUGGACCAGGCGCUGCACCUCUGGCGUUACACGGGAGGCUUUGAGAAGAUAGACAAAGCAAAGAUUUUGUUCAAGGAGUCUCCUGAAUACUCGGCACUGGAAAAAGAACGUGGUGGCUAUGUCCGCUCGAGACACUUGCAGUACUUGCUCGCCUUCAGCUACUGGCCCUCAGGAGAACCCCGUGGGCCCAGCAACAUCUAUGAAAUACGGUCUUACAGCCUGAAGCCAGGCACCAUGAUCGAAUGGGGCAACAACUGGGCUCGCGGUCUGUCCUACAGGCGCGCGCAGAACGAGGCCUUCGCUGGAUACUUCUCACAGAUCGGCAGGCUUUACAAUGUUCAUCAUAUUUGGUGCUACAAGGACCUCCAAGCACGGCGCGAAACUCGCGACCGCACCUGGCGCAACCCGGGCUGGGACGAGUGCGUCGCCUACACCGUGCCGCUCAUCCGCGAGAUGCACUGCCGCAUCCUCGAGCCCACGGAGUUCUCGCCCACCCAGUAACGCCCUACGACCGGAGAUUUACGAACGUGCAUGUAAACAUGUACCCUUAAAUGCAUGUUGAUGGAUGCAGCCUACACAACAAAAUAUAUAAUUUUAUGCAUAAUUAGAUAAAAUCGAUUUGUUCCUGUAUAAUUAUUUUCAUAGUAAAUUAAUACAUUUUCCGACUUUUAAUUCAAAUAUGCGCAGUAUUUUAGUUUAAAAAAAUUACAUUCGCUUUAAGACGUAAUGGCGGGGGAAAAUUUGAUGAUUUUUAGUAUGUGAUUGAGGUGGCUUUUUUCGGGGUUUGCAAUUGUAUUUAAAAUCUUUGUUAUAAGUAUAGGUAUCACAAAUAGUGUAAAUUUCUGAUGGUAGUAAGAUUUUUCAUAUAUCUUUUACCAAUAAUUUUAUAUUUACAUAAAUUAUGAUUUACCCUAUGCAACUUCUAACACUGAUUUAGCAGUGAUAAUCGAUGUUCUAAUUGUAUUUAUUAUUUUUCCCGGAAUCAGUAAACAAUUAUGUGACACGUAUAUUAAUUUCAGGUAAUAAGAAAAAAUCAUGCAUUUAAGGGAUAAAACAUUGGAGGUUGCACAUAAAAUUAACAUUUCAGGCGAGGAGAAAAAUAGAUGUAAAGUCAAGAAGAAAUCGUGCCCCGAGUUUGACAGUUGAACGAUGGCGCUGUUCGCUGUCAGUCAAAGCACGUAUUUGCUUUGAAUUACGUUACGCAUAUACCGUUCAUCUUCAGAGUUGUAGUCUUAAGAGCUAAAUAAGGUAAUAUCAAGGGUACAAUUUUAUUCACUCCAGGAGGAAAAUGACAGGUGAUUAUUCACCCAGCCCGGCCCAGUGAGUUUAUACUCGGCCUCAAAAUUUAUUUCUUAGUGCAACCUCCAUUGUUAUUACAAGCUUCUUGAUAUAAAAUGUAGAACUUUAUUGUAUAGGUAUAACUACAAAUGAUUAUUGAUUAGUUAACUGGACUGGUAUCAUUACAAACAAUUGAAUCAUCAGUAUAGUUUUUUAUCAAUGUCAUCAUAAUAGUGUUGGUCAAGCAUACAAUGCCAGCGCCACCUAGUGAAACUAUAAUUCAGAUUAUAAUUCUGGAUUACUUCAGUUGUUUGUGUUAGUAAUUUAACAUAGGAGAUUUGUAUUACAGUUUAAAACUCAAGAUCAUAAAACAUAUCAGAACUGUAUAACUGCUUUAAGUCGACGCUUUUUGCAUUCGAAAAAGCAUUUAAAGGCAUUUUUGAAAUAACCAUCUGCUUUGAGAAUAUAUUUACACGUUUGUAAAUCUCUGGCUACUUACCAACAGCUAUUUUGAUAGACUGUAGUUUACUGUCUUACUAAUACUACUUGCGUUAUAAGUACUUUAUAAGCUGAAAUCAAAUAAUAGUAAGCGAGUGACUAACAUAAACACAAUGUAUAGUUGUUGACAAAUUUGCAAAUUAAUAUGAAUUGUUAUCAGUUUGGAGCCUAAACUUGUUCCUUCCAUUUUCUUUAUGCAUUAAAAAAAAAUGAAACGAGCGUGGUUAGUCCUGAGGAUUCUGUUGUAAAUAAUCGAGCAAUUUCGAUUCUAUUUUUAUAAAAAUUAUAACGUAAUACACACAAAAACUUACUACUUUUGUAAUUUAACAAUAUCUUUUGUCAAUUAACGCGAUUGCUCCAACCGAUGUUCCAUUUUGUGUAAAUACUCUAAACACAAUACUGACGAAAAAAUCCUGAAGUUAUAAUGAAAUUAUGAGUCAGGAACGCAGUGUACAUUUUAUUUUUAUAAGAUAUAGAUUACGUUUAAGUGCAAUUACUUGUUACGGUAAAUGAAAUCCUUGCUCCUUAUUUACUAUAAGCACAAUUACUUUUAUUAGAUAAUAGACGCAAACCUUUUUUUUGUAUGUUUAUCUAAGCCAUUAUGUAAAAUAUUAUUUGUCAAUACAUAUUAUUAAACGUCUUUUUGACGAACCCAUUUUUGUUUUCUACACAUUUUUUUUAGCUGAUACGGUGAAGAAAAGGAAUAAAAAUAAGUACACAAUUUAA